AUGGCUGCCCUUACGCAAGCUCCUGUUGCUAUUCCUCUUGAUGUCUUUCCUGAUGGACUAAAGACCACUGGGCAGCAUGCGCCGCUGUACGAUCAUAUCAAGUCCUUUGAGCAGUUCCCUAAGGAAAUCUCCGGUCCGACCGUUUGGAAGGCCGAGGAGUAUCGCGAUGCUCCGGAGAAGUGGACUCAUCGGUUUACGGCUGAGGAGAUCGCGGAAUUGAGUGCGACCGCAGAUCAAUUCCUGGCGAACAAGAUUCCCUUGACUGGUAUUUCUAAGAGCAACUUCCCCCUUCCCAACCUCUCCAAGCGCCUCGCCGAACUGCGUGCAGACCUCAUCGAUGGCAAGGGCUUUAUUCUCUUCAAGGGUUUCCCCGUCCAGGAAUGGGGUAACCACAAGUCUGCAGUUGCAUACAUGGGUCUGGGCACGUACCUGGGUUACUUUGUCAGUCAGAACAGCCGUGGCCAUGUCUUAGGUCAUGUGAAGGAUCUGGGUGAGGAUCCGACUCAGAUUGACUCCGUGCGCAUCUACCGGACUAACGCCAGACAAUUCUUCCACGCUGACGACUCGGAUAUCGUCGGUCUGCUGUGCAUUGCUCGUGCGCUUGAAGGAGGCGAGUCCGACAUCGUUUCUUCCCACCAUGUGUACAACACGCUCGCCAAGGAGCGUCCGGACGUCCUCAAAACUCUCACAGAGCCCAUCUGGUACUUCGACCGCAAGGGUGAGACUAGCAAGGGACAGGAGGAGUACAUUCGCACCAGCGUGAUGUACCUUGAGCGGGGCGAAAACCCCCGGGUUUACACCAAGUGGGAUCCAUACUACGUCCGCUCUCUCUCCCGCUUCUCCGAAGCAGGCAUCGUUCCUCCUCUCUCCGCCGCCCAGGUCGAGGCCCUGGAAGUCCUCGAGGCAACCUGCAACCGCUUGUCACUGCACAUGAUCCUGGAGGUCGGCGACAUCCAAUUCCUGUCCAACUCGCAUGUUCUGCACGCACGCACCGCGUACACUGAUCAUGCGCCCCCAACCCCUCGCAGACAUCUGAUGCGUCUGUGGUUGGCGACGCCCGAGCACGAAGGUGGCUGGAAGCUACCCUUCUGGGAUAGUAACGAGAAGAAGAGGGGUGGCAUUCAGGUCGACGAUCAGGCCCCAGUAGCCCCGUUGGAUGCGGAGUAA